GGACAGCAAAACAUUGGCGUAGGUACUUCAUUGUCUUCAUUAAACUGUUUAAAAUGAGAAUCUGGAUUGAGACAGGAGGCAUGGAUUGAAAUAAUUAUAAAUAAAACUACUUAUACACAAAUUUAUCUCUCAAUAAUCACCCCAAUAUAUUCCUUUAAAUAAACUUUGCAUUUUAUUUUAGCUAAUAAUAGAUACGUAAUUCCCUCAUUAUAUAGCUUCAAUACAAACAAAUACAAACUAUUAUUACAGAAUGUCUGACGGUACAUUUUUGCUCUCGAUAUCCGGCCAAAUCGAAUUCGUAGAAUUAAUGUCCACAGCGGGCUCUUGCUACCAUUGCAAAUACGAAUUUUUCACCGGCCCCGAUUGGAAAAUAAUCGGAGGUUUAGAAACGGGGAUUUCCCAAAUCGCCAACGUAAUCAGCAACAACGACAAAGUGGUUUUUAAUUUUCCUGUCGAUGCGCAGUUCAAAAGUACUAAUCUUUUUGGAUGGCCUCAAAUGGUUUUAAGUAUCUACAAAGAAACCACCUUGGAAGGAUACGGUAGGGUGCAUUUGCCUAUAAAACCGGGACGGCGCCAUUUGGAGGUGAAUUUGGCCAAGCCGCAAGCUUCUUCGUUGUUGGGCUAUAUUGGGUCGUUUUUCGGUUAUCAGCCUGAAUUGUUGCAGCCUAAAAUGCUGGCUAGUACUGCUGGAAAUAAUUUGAUUAGAAUGGAAACGAGUGGACGAGCCCAUAUGUCCUUCAACGUAAUAUCACAAGGCCUGCUAAGACUGGGAUACGACCUGGGACAAACCAAUAGAGAAUAAAACAAUAAACAUUUUGUAUUUUUUUUAUUACAUAAACUUUACUAUACAAUUGAAUGCAUAAAAUUUGAAAAAAAAAAAAAUAAGAAAAUAAAUACACUAAUGAGAGUCAAACUUAUUUUUAUAAUAUCUAUAUAUAAAAAAUGUACAAAAGAGAAUUAAAGCAAAAUAAACUACUAUAAAUAUACAAUUUUGCUUAAGAGUUUUGAUUAUUAAUGAGUCAAUAAUAAUCACUAAUAAAUUUUGUAUCCAGAUUAUUAUUAAUAAUAUUAACGCUUCACAAGAAGUCUAUACUUAUAAUAUAAUAUUUUUUUAACUGGUCCUUAUUUUAUUUAAUGAACCACCCUAUACAAUUAUUAAAUAGUUUAUAUAAAAAAACAUCCACACGUGAAGCAUCAAAUCAUUUUUUUUUUAUUAGUCUUUGGCAGUUGUCCAACUUUUUUUGUUUUAAUAGUAGUAAUAUACAAAAUUAUAAUUCAAAUGCAAAUACUUUAGGCCCCAAAAAUAAUGUGAUGUAUCAAAAAUUUACUGUUGCUGCUUUGAGCAAUAAAUGAGCAAUUAAAUUGUAUGUUAUAUUAGCUCCAUUAAUAAUUGUUCCCGUUGUUUUGUCCUAAAAUAAAAAGGGCGCCAAUAGUAUUUUUUUUUUGGGUCUAUUAAAUGGAAUGGAGUUGUAUCAGUCAGUGUUUGGCACCACUUUUGAGAUUCUCAAAGCUACACACUUUAAUAAUAAUUAUUAUUUAAUCUAGACACAUUGAUUGCCUAUAGUCAUUGAUUCUACAAAACCUCGCUUCUAAAAAACCACAUCAACAUCUAAUAAUAAUAAUAUACAAAGUCAACUAAAAAUUAUCUUACAAACUAGUUUGUGAGGAAAAAAUUCGUAAAAACAAAAACCAUUUUACUAUUGAUUUGUAUUGCAUGCCUGCAUUUCCCAAAUAUAAAACAAAAACUUGGAAAAAUUCUCGACCAACGCCCUACAGCUCAGUGACGGCGUACAAGUGGCGUUCGCUUUCGGUAUUGGCGUACGCCCCCUCGUUGGGCCCCAUCAUUUGGUCCUGGAUUUUGACGGACCGGAACUGGUGCGAGUGCCCGUGAGCUCCGUUAUUGGUUCCUCGUUGUAAAGAACGAAAUUGCGCGUUUACAGGUUGGAAACUGCUUACGGAGUCUUGCCACGCACCCCUUUG